AGAUCCCCAAUCGGGAUAACUCACACGGAGAGCCGAAGCCGAGAAAGGCGUCCGCGAGCACCCACCAUGCCGCCCAAAUCGGAGCAAGCCACCGCUGCCGGCGCGGGUGCCUCCCAACCCUCGGACCAGGGUUCGAUGGAUCCCUUCCUCCACCUCCUCAGGAUCCUCCCUUACAGCUUCCUCCGCCCGCCGCGCACUCGCCUGAAGCUUCCCUCCUCCCUGGCCCUCCCCUCCCCGAUGACUGUCUUCUCCCUCGUCCUCCUCACCUACUUCGCCGUGGUCUCCGGGCUUGUCUACGACGUCAUCGUCGAGCCCCCCGGCAUCGGCAGCACCCAGGACCACUUCACCGGCACCGUCCGCCCCGUCGUCUUCCUCCCCGGCCGCGUCAACGGCCAGUACAUCAUCGAGGGCCUCUCCUCCGGAUUCAUGUUUGUGCUCGGCGGCGUCGGCCUGAUCCUGAUGGACCUUGCUCUCGACCGCAACCGCGCCCGCAGCGUCCGCAUCUCCUUCGCGUCCUUCGGGAUCUCCGCUGUGGUCAUCGCCUACCUCAUGAGCAUGCUCUUCAUCCGCAUCAAGAUCCCCGCGUACCUCACAUGAUUCGCCUGUUGUCAAGGGGAUCAUGCAUCAUGGACAGUGAUCGCAAAGCCUCAAAAGUAAGGAGAUUUGCUUGUUGGAAUCACCUGGUAAUAUUCCUAUUGGAAUUAGUGAAGCCAAAGCCUAUUCGGUCCGGGAAGACCCCUUAUUGAAGUUUAUUGCAUCCAAUCGUGAUCUCAUUUAGUUUCAGUUUGGCUGUAGGUGAGGAUAUGUUAUUUUGAAUCGAUUGCUAUUUUGGCUGGAAUUUUUAAUCUA